AUGACGAGCAAUGGCCUGCGCACCCAGUAUCCCUAUGCUGGGGAGGCCUUAAGCCCCCGACCGCUCUACGACUUCCCUUCGCCGACCUCCAACUACCCCUCCGGCAUCUCUCCAGGUUUCGGCGGAAUGUCGUACCAGAACACCCCGCGAUACGGCAGUAGUGCCUUCGUUCCUCCGCCAGACGUAUUUCUCGAUGGGCGGAAAGGGUCAGCACAAGGCCUGGGGCCUGAGACACCGCGCGAGUUCAGGAAACGGAGCUCCGAGGUGCUCAACGCCGACCCUGUAGCCAUGCACUUGUUGGUGGAGACGGCGAUCGGGGAUAGUCAAUACUUUGAAAUACUGACCGUUGAAGAGGUGGAGGCGCUGAAGCAGGAGCGCAAGGCGCUGGAUGCUCGGUUGGGCACCGUGAGGAAGAAGCUCGCGUCAGAAACAAAGAUUCGCGAUGCCGCGCAAUCUCUCACGCGCCUGACGUCAAAGAAGGGGCAUAGGAAAGGCAUUGGGAGCCGUGGAAGUAAUGCCGUCAAGGAUACCUUUGCCAAAUCCGAGGAUGAAUUGAGUGCCGCCAACAAGAAGAUCGACGAGUUGACGCGGGAAUACAUCGAGAUCGAGGCCAGGAUGCGAGCUGUUGAGAUGCAGCUGCUAAUGCAUACUGCUGGAGUCUUGCAAUUCACACACGAUGGACCCAUCAAACGGAAUCAAAAUUCACAGCUCCGGAACGGCGAAGUCCAAAGACCAGACAGCCCAGCGAGCAUCGAUACAUACGAGAACAAUCGCGGCACACGAGGCAAACUAGAAGACACCUUCGACGAAAGAAGUCUUUAUCGAUCGCCAGAGAACCUUGACAAUCUUAUGAACGCCCUUCAGAACGGUACCCAUCUUCGUACCGAUUCGGUAGAUCAGCCAAGCCAAGCGCUGAGCUCGAUGGAACAGCGUCUCGAAGAGCUGAACGACCGCAUGAGAGACCUCAUUGUUCAGGCGAACCCUGAGCGCAAUGAGAGCUAUGCUCUACCACCACGAGCCCCCGUUCUAUCAGAUGUCUCAUCAAUCAACAAGCAGCUUGACUUUUUGGACAAAAGCCUGCGUGAUAUAAGCGCCGAACAGAACAACUUACGUAACAACUCUAAGCAAGCGUUGAACGCUGUUGAGGGUCGACUUGAAGGAAUCAACAAUCAGUUGUAUGCCAUGCUCAGUGCAUCCGACAAAUCAGGUGGUGAAAAGUUCCUCCCCCCUCCCUCGAUUUCUGGUGAUGGAUCCCAAGAACAGCUCAAUUACAUGGAAGAUUCCUACUACAGUCUCGAGCAGCUCCAGUAUUCCAUGUCCGAAGAGCUUCAGGAACUUCGCACCAAGGGCUCCAACAACCAGGAUACCCAGUACGAAACUACUUUACUUGGUCUUUGGUCGAUUAUUCAAGCAGGCGAAGAGGAAGCUCGCCAACGGAAACAAGAGCGUCGUGAGUUGCUGGCUUCAGACCCACACGCUGACGAGGAACUCUCCGCUGAUGAGGACUUCAAUCCAAAUGAGCAGUUCUCUCUUGGUGCAUUCUCCGCGAAAGUUCAGUGGCUAUAUGGCCGCGCUUCUUCUCUUAAGGACAAGCAAAGCAUUCUACUCCGCCAGAUCAAACAGCAACGAGAGCUUAACAGUAGGUCCGAUGCUCAAAAAGAGGAAGAAUUCGCUCGCCUCAGCCAGCAAGUCGAGCAGGCACGUUCUGAGAAAGCGUCCACCGAACGCGAACUGGAACGCGCCAUCGAUCAAUUACAACAACUUGAGGACCAGCGGACCCAAUCUGACCCUCAAGCUCUCCGAAACGUACAAGAACGCUGUGCAACCCUCGAGAUGCAGCUCAAAGAAGCACAAGACGACGCUCGUGUCGAGGCUGCUACCAUUGAGGCCGAACUCGCCGAAUCAGCAGCGAAGAUCGACGAAGCAAUGGCGGCUCUACAAACGGCGACAUCAGCAAAGGAAGCAGCAGAAGCUCGUGCCAUCGAAGCCACUAGCAUCCUCAGCAAGAAAGAGUCCGAGCUGCGAGAUUUGGAAGGCGAAGUUGUGCGCCUCACGACCGAAGUCACACUCGCCAAAGCAGAGCUAGACGGCGCAUAUGGCACGCGCGCUCAACGUGCCGCCGAAGCUGCAGCAAACCCGACUUUCAAGAAGGAGCUUGAAGACCUCGGAGCCAAAAACGCGGCCCUGCUCGCCGAAAUUGAAAGUCUCCGCAAAGCACAAGACGCGGCUUCUCAGAGCGAAUCGCAAGCUCGGGAUUCCGAACGCAACCUCAAACAGGAGCUUGCUGCCAUGGCAUCCGAGUAUGAAGCGCUCACCCGCGAUUCCAUUCAAAACGAAAAGGAUCGCGAUACUCUCGAGGCCUCCAUCGAUAAGCUCCGCGAUGAUAAGGAAGCUCUGGAGAUGGAGCUCUCGGACGAACGAGUCAAGUGGCUGGGUGUCAGGUCCCCCGGCGGGCCGAAUGCUGGACAGCCGAAUAUGGAAGCUACAAGUAUUCGCAUGUUGAGAGAAGAUUUUAGAAAGAUGAUGAGAGAUCGAACAGCAGAGGGUUUGAAAGCCCUCCGACAUGAACAAGAAGAACGCAGGAAACUCGAAGCCCAAUUGCGCUCACUACGGCGAGACGCGGCACCUCAGAAAUCGAAUCUGAGUAAAACCUUAACGGCAUAG